ACCACACACAACCGUGUUUAAUUUUAUUUUGCGCGUCGAACGAGACGGUUUGGUGCGUGCUCUUCGGUUGCUGAUGAGAACGCGCCACAAAAACACUUUUCGACUCGUAGGUGUAAUCGCAGUUUAGGGCGCGCAUAUACAAACACAACGUUCACCUAUACACAACACAUGAAUACUAGAUUAGAAUCGCGACUAGACGACGACACAGUGCAAGCAAGGAUUAGUGGUGUUGGUGGGUGGCAAAGGAUUAAAUCGUUCGUGGCAACAAGAGCGAUGUCGUUGCCGCCGGUCGCGUAUUUGUUUAUGAAAGAAAUGAGUGGAUCAUUUUUAACGAGUUGUGCCGAUUAAAAUGCCAUCCGUGUAGUCGGGUAGGCUUGUAGUAACCGGAUAUACAUCUCGUCCAGAAAUUGGGGAAAAAAAACCAUAUAGCACGAUCCAUCUUCGGUGUAAAUCCAUAACGGACCCGUGAAACCGUGAAGCAGCAGACAAUCAAUGAGAAUUAUGACAUCGACCGAGAUAAACGGAGGCGGUGGUACACCUGUGACGACACGCGGAGGAAACGUGUCCGUGACGACGAUCAACUGUGACGAUGGCGGUAUGAGCGGAUUGCCGCUGGACGUGAGCGGUGUUGUGGCGGCGAUCAAACACAACAACAAUAAUAACAGCCUCAACAACAAUAACAACAACAGCAGCAGCAGCAACAUGGCGAGCAGUAAUAAUGUGAACAAUAAUAGCAGCUCUAGUACAACUGCGACGACUGCUGCGGGUAGUAGUUCCGGUGGCAGUCCGGUAGCGAUGUCGACCGGUGGCAUCUUUGGAAACGUGAGCGGUGGAAUACGCAUCACCGUGCCGAAGAUGGAAGAGUCGGAUGAGUCCGAUACGGAGUUGUCCAACAUUGAGAAGACAGCCGCAGCAGCACUAACGAACGGUGUUAAUAUGCGCGAGGAACGUAGCGCCAGUAAGAGCCUUCCGCGACCAAUGUCCUGGGAGGGCGAACUGUCAGAACCGGAGGAACCGAUGCUGGUGGACAACGAAAACUCGAGCUCGAGUUCGAACGGCGCUGGUAAGCUGAUGAUCGCCCCGAUCGAUCCGUCUCCGAUCGCCAUGAUAGUGCCCAAGCGGGAAGAAGAGCUUGACAUCGAACCACCUACGUCCGGGCCGGGUAUUACGGAACCGUUAGCACUCACCGCUUCCAGCAAUAGUAGCAGUAGCAGCAGUAACAGUACCGUCGGUUGUUACAACCUUUCCUCCCAUGGAAACAGUCAGGGUGGGGGAACGAUAAGAAAUCCGCACAGCAGCAGCAACACCGGCAGUAGCAGCUCCAGCAACUCACCGUUACCGAAUCGGCUGAUGAUCAAACCGGAAGCGGGGCUUCCGCUGAUCAAUCCUGGACUAGCGUACAACGUAUCCAGUCUCGGUAACUCCACCAACAUUCCAACGUCUUCGGCGGCCGGAACAUCGGCGAUGAAGAAGGGACUGCCGGAUGUGAUAAAUCUAAAGUACGAACUACCGCCGGGCGGUGUGGGCGAUCCGGGUGGUGGAGGGAAUGCACUGCCACCAAGUGCGAUCCAUUCGCCGCUGCUGGUACGCUCGAAGACUACCCUACUGCCCGCGAAUCCCAGCCCCGAUUCAGCCAUCCACUCGGUGUACACGCACAGUUCGCCGAGCCAAUCGCCACUUACAUCCCGCCAUGCACCGUACACGCCAUCGCUUAGCCGAAACAAUAGUGACGCGUCACACAGCAGCUGCUAUUCGUACAGCUCCGAGUUUAGUCCGACACACUCGCCUAUCCAGGGCCGGCACAAUAUAUUCGCCAGCGGUGGUGGUGGAGGGAGUGGAGGCAGCGGGGGAGGUAGUGCAUCGUUCAAUGGGUCACCGUUGCAUCACUCAGUAUUAUACAAACCGAUGCUGGACAGCGAGCAGCAGCAGCAGCAGGCCCUCAAACAGUUGGCAGCAGCAGCAGCGGCAGCAGCCCAGGAGGAACCCCUCUACGAAGGGGACCAUUUGCCUUCGCCUGGUAUAUCUCGGCAGCAGCUUAUCAACAGUCCAUGUCCCAUUUGCGGCGAUAAGAUAUCCGGCUUCCAUUAUGGCAUUUUCUCGUGCGAGUCGUGCAAGGGCUUCUUCAAGCGUACGGUGCAGAACCGUAAGAACUACGUGUGCCUUAGGGGGGCGGCCUGUCCGGUGACGAUAGCGACACGCAAAAAGUGUCCCGCCUGCCGGUUCGAGAAGUGCCUUCAGAAGGGAAUGAAGCUGGAAGCUAUUCGGGAGGAUCGAACACGUGGAGGACGCUCGACAUACCAGUGCUCAUACACCUUGCCAGGACCGUUGGUAAACGCAGGCGGUGGAAUGCAAGCGGGUGACUCUCCAGGAGCGGGACCGUUCCAGUACGGUGGAACGGUACGGUCACCGUACGUUGGAGGAGGUCCAGGAGUUGGCGGAGGUCAACAAAUGAAGAUGGAACCACCGGACGGUGGUAUGAUGAUGGUCGGAUCGGGAUCCAUUGGUGGAAGUAGCGGUGUAAUGAACGGAAUAGGCAACGGACCCGGUUCGGACGGUGGCAGCAGCUCCAGUGGAGCUAACCAUAUGCAACCAGGCAUUCCAGUUCUGUUACAGGAAAUUAUGGACGUUGAACCUCUGUGGCAGUAUAAUGCACAGGAACUGGCCCGACUCAAUCAACCCGCAACGAACGUAAGCAGCACAACGAUCGCCAACAACCCAAUCCUUUCCAGUGCCGGCAUCUCGUCCGACAGCAGCCCCGAUCUGAUCGCUAACCUCUGUAACAUUGCCGACCACCGACUGUACAAGAUUGUCAAGUGGUGCAAAAGUCUGCCACUAUUUAAGCACAUUUCCAUCGAUGAUCAGAUCUGUCUGCUGAUCAAUUCCUGGUGUGAGCUGUUGCUGUUUUCAUGCUGCUACCGUUCGAUCUCGACACCGGGUGAGAUUAAAAUUUCUCUCGGUAAGUCGAUCACGUUGGAACAGGUUAAGAACAGUGGUUUGCAGACGUGUAUUGAACGGAUGUUAAAUCUAACUGAUCACUUACGACGAUUGCGUGUCGAUCGGUACGAGUACGUUGCGAUGAAGGUGAUCGUGUUGCUCUCUUCGGACACUUCCGAACUGAAGGAAUCAGAAAAGGUGCGGACAAGCCAGGAGAAGGCAUUGCAGGCACUGCAAGCCUAUACACUGGCCCAUUAUCCCAAGUCACCGGCCAAGUUUGGCGAGCUACUGUUGCGCAUUCCCGAGCUACAGCGCACAUGUCAGGUUGGUAAGGAAAUGCUCACAAUUAAACCGAAAGAUGGCGAAGAACCUUCGUUUAAUCUGCUAAUGGAACUGCUCCGUGGAGAGCACUGAACACAAGACUUGUUUCGCUGCGUUUGUGCCUCAAAUUGUUUACGACAUCGGAUAUAUGCGUGUAUAUGCUGAUUCCUCGUAACCAAAAGCAGGGGUGCUGGAACACCCUUGAGCCCAGGAACAACGACCGAAGUCCAUCGUAGUAAUUAUCCUGUUCGCCGUAUUUACAUCAGGAUGCUGUCGUCUUAGUAUCGAUUUCGUUUUUGUUUAGCGAAAACAUUACUGUUCUACACUCAUCCGGAGUGUUUGUCGCUAUAAGCUUAGCUUAGUAAUGUAAAAGUUAUGUUUUUUCUGUAAUGUUUUGUUUAUCUGACACACUCACACAUAGUAUAAGGGGCUUCCGAGGAACUGUUCUGUUUAGUGCCGCUUGAGCAAACAGUACAUACACAGUGUAGUAGGGAAAUGUAACAAAAAAUAGAGCAGAAUUUUAUUUUCUUGAUAUCUGAUUAGUUGCUAGUGUACGUGAAUAGUUAUGGAAACUACUCUGAAGCUUGGGGUAGAUUCUACCUUUUUUUAAUUCACACAAAACACACAAUAUCGACGCAUUGUUUGAUUGAUGCUGAUGUUCAGAAGCGACUCGUAAGUGGGAAUGUGAGUGCCGCACGGUAUAGCGUUUACUUGAUUUAAGUUGAUAGUGAUAGUAGUUAGCUAGCCCCCUAAGUUAGCAGUGUGUCAGGUGACAGACAUCCCAUAGUGAAUCGUUUUUAAUUUUCAACUUUAUUGCCUGCUGUUAUAUAUUUGCCCGUUUGUUCGUUACUAAAUCAAAACAAGUGUUCAGUUUUGUUGCUUUCGUGACGCAUGUUUUUCCCCGUCGCUACUGAAAGACGAGAUUGUGCACUGAAACAAAAGUUUGUGCAUUAAAAAGGAUUGAAAUGUUAAUUUAAGACAAGAAAAAACAAACAUCAACAACAACACCAUGGUUUCCAUUUUGCAGUAGUUGUAUUGCGCAAAAAAGAGAGAAAAAAAAGUUCGUAUUGUAAACAGGCAAACACAUUCUAAACUUUUUAACGAACCAAUCGAUAUCUUAAAAGGUAAAUGAAUUAAUUUCGAUAAUCAAAUUCUAUGCCAACAGCAGAUCCGCUCACCAGUGAGGGAGUCGAGGUCAAUAUACUCGAUCGAUCUAAUUACCACCGAGAAAGAGGAUGUCUCUGUGCGCAAAUUGUAGCUGAAAGAGUGUGCCUUUCUUUGCGCAGUUAAUAAACAAACAAAACAUAAAACACCUGAUUACAUCCCCGAUACAAAAAAAAGUAAAUCCCAAACACUCACACCCCGUAUCAGUUGGAAAAAGGCUAUUCCUUUUCCCACUAACUAAUGAGCGGGUUGUACUUUAUGUGCGUGUGUGUGUGUAAGUGUAGGGGAAAAUUUGUAUUUUGGCAGGACAAAUUUCUUUUUUCGGAUGUAACCUAGAAUGGAUCUUUAUCGAGGUAUUUAAGAAACCACCAACAUGGAGACGCGCACACACAUUGCGUACAACAACAACCACAAAAAGUGAAAAGAUAAAUCGAAAUGAAGAAAAAAAAACAAGCAUAAAAUGACUGAAAUUUUUAGCAAAUAGAGCAAUUAAUUAAACUAGUUAAUAAGCGAAAUAGACAGAUAGAGAAGUAGCAGAUACGCGCCAGAAACCUGAUCAGCUUUCCGUUCUUUUGUCGGUUUCCGUUUGGCAAAAGAAUACAGUUGAAUGGCUGAUUAGGGUGGAAAUUGUACAUAAGAAAUGGGGCGACGAGACGAGAUCGUCAUAAGCUUUUGUUUUUGUCUUUAUGGUCGAACCGGAUGCCGGUUACAUUCGGAUUUCUGUUUUAUUUCCUUUAAGAAGAGACAAAGCUUCCUUACAUGCAACAGCACACAUAUACAAACACACACACAUGCUAAUCUUGAGUAGUGGCAAUACAUUGUUUAGUGUGGUUAGUUUAUCAUUUUAAGUCAUAAGUUCGUUCGCAUGGUGAGUUUUAAAAAUUCGUGCGUACUAUUAUUGCUUCCAGUGGUGUUUUUUUUUUACUCUUUACUAUUUAGUAUGUUUUUAAUGAAACGAACCUUGUUUUUCACUAUUAUUAAUUUCUUCUGCUCCGGGUCAUCCGGGGCACCUUUAUUUCAUUUCCAUCCGUUGGAAUUGUCCCUUAUUUCUUCUUAGUGCAAUACUCGGAUGAAAAUCUUUACUUUUCAUCACUCAAAAAUUCAAGACGUGCGUACUUUCCUUACGUAGUUUUCAUGAGCAGCGAGAGUGGAGUUGAAAGGGGGAACGUUCAGCUGGAAAAGCAAAUGUCCUUAAGAAGGAUAAAAAAUGGCAUUUUUUACAUUAUGUGUUAAACCGUAGUUUGAAACAAAGGGUGUGAACUUGUAAAAAACAAACAAACAAAACAAAUGAAUCACCAUUUUAUUUCCUUUUUCGAAUAAGCUCGACAACGAUUUGCCUUGAUAUGCUUUAGCACUCUUCUUUGUAUCUGCGAUGUAUGCAUACAUACACAUCGGCAAAAGAAAAAUUCAAAAACAGCAAAAAUGUGAUCGACUUAAUUAUAUUAAACCAGAGCCGUGCAGUAGUGCAGAUGGAUAAUGUCUUAUUAAAGGCAGUUUUAAGAGGUUGCAUGGCCACUUUCCGUGAGAAGAUUGGAAGGAAUAUUUUAUGAUUUUGUUUUUGUCUCGUUUAGCAUUUAAGACGAUUUCGAGUGUUUGUGGCUCUUUUGGAGCGGGAGGUUUUGUUUUACAGUUGUUUUCAAUUUUUUUUUACCUUUGUAGAAUGAAUAACUCUCGUCGUUUAAAACGCCUCGAACGUACGAAUAUUGCGAACUCGUGCCAGUAUGCGGCACAGCAGGAGGAAAUUAUAUAGCAAAUUAUACCAGCUACUUAUAUACAUAAAGCAAAUAUUGAUAGAUGCAAAUUUACUGUAAAAAAAAACCCGGAAUCAAUACAGCGAAGAACGGUGAGGACGAACGGUCCUUCCAUUCCAUUCUUAUGCUAACUAGCGAAAAUAUCUAUCGUACCGAGCAGACUCCGUAUGGCCACCCGGUGUGAGAAGGUAGUUGGGAGUGUUGAUUUUUUUUUUCGAUAUACUACACAGUAUUUAAGUGAAACUCUUUUUAUUUCCUGCCCAAAAGUUAUGUUGAAUGUCUAACUUUUUUUGUUUUGCUGUUUGGGGAUGAGUUUAAGUGAAGUGUUGGAGUGGCAAACUUUAAUUGUUGUCCGUUCGAACAAAUAAUUUUCCGUUGGCCAGGAGAUUGGUAAUUAAUGUGCAUGAUUUUGUACUUAAACUAAUGAUUAAUUUUGAUGCUCGAACAUGCACGUUUGUUUCGUGCGAAAUAGCUGCAGCAUCUGAACAUGUUUAUAAGUGCCGAGCGGAAUGGAGUAGCUGCAUAAAACAUUAAUUUCUAACACGGGUGAGCAAAGCUAAAGGAAAAGGGGAAACAAGUAAGAAGAUUACACCGAUACACAAAUCCACACAACAGGCAGACAGCAUGAGAUGGAGAAUUUUUUGAAUAAAAUUAUACUUUAUAAUGUAAA